UCAGGCAUGAUGGCGCCAAACGCCAGUAUCUACUUUUAUGUAAAUAUAUUAUUGAUUUGGUGCGUACCGCGAUCAAGCACGAGCGUUCGCCGUAUCGCGGCCGGCCGUCGUAAGUAGCCCCGUCGCGGGGUAGCGCGCGGACCGCCGGCGGAGUGAGUAACGGACUGGCCUACGCCGCCCGCCUGGAAUCGCUAAUGAGGACAUGUUGGUUAGGCUGCCGUGACACAGAGAGAGAGAGGAGGCCGUUACGCACUUGCUCGCAGCAGCCCGUCGGCGUGUUCGCGGCGGCUCGGGAGCGCGCACGGCGACCGCCGGCGGCCCCGCGGCCGGUUUCACGCCCGCACGCGAUCACGUGCCGCCUCGCGCGCGGAAAUAUAUCCGGCUAAUAGAUCAAUAAUAAGGUAUUUAAUGGUCUUCCCGUGUGUGUGUGUGUGCGGGGGAGACUUGUGGUGGAGUGCUUGCGACGCUGCUGCCAUCUGUAUUGUCAAUGUUGUGGGGCAGCAGCAGCACCAGCAGCAGCAGCAGGAUCACCAGCAGCAGCAGCACCAACAGCAUCAGCAGCAGCGUAAUGGAGUGAGCAUUCUCGCGUUGGAUUUACGAAGCGCGCCCUCGUGCCACACGGGAUCUCACGUUUACCAUGAGACUGAGCGCCGUGCGCGGCCCGCUCGACCGUCGACACGUGCAUUCUGAAGAAAAUCUGCUUUCCAGAUAAUAAAUAUAUGGAUAACUAUGUAGGUGCACACAGCUCACCUGCAUGUGCCACGUACCACUAGCUCAUUUGGUAUAGUAGAAUGGCACAACGAGGCAAAAGAGUCCACAGAAACGACAAUGAUCUGGCGUCUUACCCGGGCGCUAUCAAGAGGCGCAAGUGCAGACUGGGCCCGGCUGCCACAGGUUCAUCGUCACUGGCAGCGACCAUGGGGCCCUCAGAAGAGGAAGAAACGAUGGCGUCAUCCAGCCAAGUGGGGGCAUCCUGGACCCCCCGAACCGUCAGUGAUAUCAAGAUCUCCAGCAUCUACAAUCGGUCGGCUGCUGAGGCACCAGCUGAGUUAUUUCGCAAGGACCUGAUCAGUGCUAUGAAAUUGCCAGACAGUGAGCCGUUGAGUCCGAACGAGUAUUGGGUUAUCACUGAUCAGUGGAAGCAGGAGUGGGAAAGAGGUGUUCAAGUACCCGUUAAUCCAGAUUCUCUUCCUGAGCCGAUGGUCACUCUCACACAGACGUCUCCUUUGAAAUUACACAGCGAAUUCAAAUUGCCUAAAAAGUUCAUAAGAAUAUCUCGUGAUGAUUAUUUUAGCUCGGAAGACCAUCAUUUAAGUACUACCCCAGCAAGAGCAGAGAAAGCCUGUGCUUAUGACCUUGACGAUACUGACAUUGCCUGGUUGGAUGUAUUGAAUGGCGAACGAGCACAGGCUGGACAAUUGCCAAUUACGGAAUCGCAAUUGGAACGUGUCAUGGAAGAGUUGGAGGUACGAUGUUGGGAAAGGAUACAAACGAUUGUGAAGAACGAGGAGGGGCUUGGGAUUGAGUACGACGAAAAUGUCAUUUGUGAUGUGUGCAGAUCGCCGGAUUCCGAGGAGGGCAAUGAGAUGGUGUUUUGUGAUUGUUGCAACAUAUGUGUACAUCAAGCUUGUUACGGUAUUACCUCUAUACCUGAUGGUUCUUGGUUAUGUAGAACUUGUUCGUUAAGUCAAAGACCCGACUGUGUAUUAUGCCCUAAUAAGGGUGGUGCAAUGAAGUGUACACGAAGUGGUCAGAAAUGGGCUCAUGUAUCGUGUGCACUUUGGAUUCCCGAAGUUAGUAUUGGUUGUGUGGAGCGAAUGGAGCCAAUCACAAAAAUAUCCAGUAUUCCGCAAAGCCGAUGGGCCUUAAUUUGCGUUUUAUGCCGCGAACGUGUGGGUGCUUGCAUUCAGUGCAGCAUAAAGACAUGCAAGACAGCAUAUCACGUUACGUGUGCUUUCAAAUAUGGGCUCGAGAUGAAGGCGAUUAUCGAGGAUGAAAUGGCAGACGACGGUGUGAAAUUAAGGUCGUAUUGUCAAAAGCACAGUAGGACGAACACAAAAGACAAAGUUGGCGUUGGCGGUAGCGUAGGAAGUGGUGGCGGAAAGGGUGGUUCGGAUUCUGAGGAUGGCGAGUCCAGACGUCGUAAACGGAAAGACAUGACUUCUGAAGAAAAGAAUCAAGCACGCGCAGCUAAGUUGCAGGAAAUCGAAGCGGAAUUUGAUAAGCAUGUUAGUUUAAAGGAUAUUACCUCCCAGCAAUUGGACAUAGAUCCCGAUAGCAUUGUGUACAUUUAUAACUACUGGAAGCUGAAGAGAAGGGCCGGCCAUAACAAACCACUGUUAGCUCCUCGCUGCGGCGAAUUGUCGAGCGCAGGGGCACGCGCUCAGGGUCAAGCAGCGGACUUGGAGAAAAUGCGCACCUUCGUGCAAUUGCGACAGGAUCUCGAACGAGUACGCAACUUGUGCUACAUGGUGGGUCGUCGCGAGAAACUCUGUCGCUCGUUCCUGCGACUACGCGAGCAGACUUUUCACAAGCAGGCUUUGCUACUUUCUGGACCGCUGCUACCACCGGCAGCGGCCGCCGCAGUCGCGGAAGCGAAUCAUGGACCUUCAAUAUAUGAUCGUCUCUAUUCCCAUCCCGAUUCCGAGGAUCACACUCAUGACUUCGAAACAAUAGUUGCUCGAAUCGCGGGCGUCAAGUCGCCCACACCGGUAUCAAGCGACGAGAAGAAGGUGCAGCCGGACUUCAACGGCGCAUCUAGCAAGAAGCUAUACUUCAAUGGCUCUGUGAGGAGAAAGAGCUUGUACGGUAGCGACUUGUCCAUAAGUAGCAGCGAAACCGAAGUGACAAAACCCACAAAGACGACCAGCAAGUGUACGAGUAAGUCCAAGCCCACUUCCAACGUGAAGAUCGAGAUUGUAUCGAGCUCGGAGGAUGAAACGAACGUGACGAAGAGCAAAACACCCGCCAGACGAAAGUCGAAGAAGGCCAGCGCGCCGGACAGGCCACGACCCAAAACGUUGCGAGACAGCAGCGAGAGCGACAAACUGGACACAGUCAAUAGCAGAUCGCGUACUCUGCAGCAUAUGGAGAAGGAGCUCGGUAGCGCAACUGGAAGCGAGAGCGACGAAUUACUGCCGUUGAGCACUAACGCCGCUUCUCGUCUCGGGCCGUCCGUGGCCUCCGCCAUCUACUCGGACACCGAUUCGGACUCGCUGGAGCAUCACUCCUCCCAUUCGGCCGUGCUCAUCACGAAAGCCGCGGUGAAGGAGUUCUCAGCAGCGGAAAUAUCGAAGAAUUCCUCCCAGAAGAACUUCACGUGUAAGGACGCAGCUAGACAAGAGUAUCAUCACACGGAAGAGCCCACGAAGACCAAGGAGAAUGCAAAGGGCUCCAAGAAGAAAGAGUACAUACCAUCAGCUCUGAUAGUGCCACAACGACAGGCAGCGAAGAAAGCGUCGGAGAUAAUGCAGCGUACUCAAUGUAAAAAGGAGAACACUGCAACCGAGUCCGUGGAGUUCGUCAAGUCACCCGGCGAGGAAUCUAGCAAACCGGCGAAACCUUCGACGACCAAGGAGAAACCGUCCAGCAAGAAACAACGUGACAGUAAGACGCCGAAGGACGUCAAGAAUAACGAUGUCUAUGACUUUGAUAAAGAUUUUGGCGAUGGUACUGAAAUCCUGGCUUACGUCCCGCAACGGCAGGCUGCGAAGAAGGCCGCGGAGCACAUCAAGAGCGGCAUGGGCACGAAAACUACUCAGCCGGAUCUGGAGACCGCGGACGUGAAACCAAAGAAGGAAUUGCUGGAUGGCGGCAAGAAGAAAGAGGUUAAGAAGGAGGAAUCGCCGAAGAAAGAGGAAUUGCCGAGAAAGGAGGAGCCGCUGAAAGAGAGGAAAGGGAAGAAACCGGUGCCCGAAAGCAGCAAGAGUGCGUCAUCCGUGUUGACGAGCAACAGCGAGAGCAGCAGCAGCAGUAGUUGCAGCAGCUCUUCGGAAAGCAGUAGCGACUCGGAUGUGGCAAAGAGUCCGCUGCAGAAAACGUCGAUCGCUAAGAAGGAGUCGAUCUCUUCCUCGACGACCACGACAUCCUCCGAGAGUGAUACUGGUAACCAGCUGAAGGAGGUGAAGAGCAGAACCGUAAACAAACGGCAAGUGAAUAAAGUCGUACACGAAGACAAUGAAACGGAGAAGUCUCUCGCGGGGCGGAAACUCAAGAAGCUGCCCGAUAAGAAGCUUAAAACUUCCGACGGGCGGCAUGGACCAGAGUUUCAGCCGCCGCUUACUGAGAGAGAAGAAUCAGGUCGAACCACUGUUCCUAAAGAAUUGCAACAACAACAACACCAGCAACACCACCACCACCAUCAACAACAACAGCAACAGCAACAACAACAACACCAACACCACCAACAUCACCACCACCAACAGCAGCAGCAGUCACUCGGUAAGAAAGCAGAUCAAAGAGAUUCGUCCAAAAAGUCCAUGCAACCACAACAAACAACUGACCAAAGUAUGCUCGGUGGGUCUCGAGAUAAUGAUGGGUUACGAGGUAUAUCUGGGGCCAAGUCUACCAAGAAAUCCGGUCAGCUUGUUAAACAGGCACAGCAGUCUACUUCCCGAAGCAAGGAGGACAGCGGUGCAGGGUCCAGAGCGAAGUCGGAGACUCGUAAACGAAAAUCAAGCGAGACCGUCGCGAAGGACGAGAAGAUCAUUAAGGAGUCGGUACCGCUCAAGAAAGUGGAGAAGAAACUGAGCGAGAGGAUGAACAAGGAGACCGAGAAGGACAGCAAGUACGAAGUCAGUAGUAAGAGCGUGCCGGAAACGGUGGAACCUCCAAAAGCGACCGAGAACAUAACCAAGGCGGAUGACAAGAAAAUCAAGAAAACGAGCCACAGAAACGCGAUCAAUACACUGGAGGAGGAGAUGAAGCAGCGACGCGCGGAACGCGACGCCCCGAAGAAAUCGUCCAGGGGAUUGGACAAACUGCUCGAGAAACGCGAGCACCUCGACAAACUGUCUCGUAACAGAACGGUCAGUCAGGAGAUGAAGCUGGAGAAAUCUUCGUCCAUCGAGGAGAGCCAGGAAGACAGCGUUAUGGCGCCGGAGAAACCCAUUAUAAAGGAGACUAUCAAGAACGAAGAGGUGAAAAAUCACAUGAGCGAGCAAGCGGCAGCGUUGGACACCGCGAAAGUUGAAAAGGAGGAUGUAGUAAAGAAGGACAUCGAAAUCGUAUUAGAGAAGCCUGCGGAUCGAAAGAAGAAGAUCGAUCAGAAGAUGGAGAACGUUAGUGAGGUGGUGCAAACUGUCGAGGCGGUCGGAGUGGACGUUGCUAAGGAUUCUGACGAUAACGUCUGCACAAAAUCAGCACCAGACAAAGCCAUAGUUGCUGAUGCGCCCGAGAAGGAGUGUCAGAAGAGGAGAAAGUCUGUCAAUCGUUCCAUCUUCUCACCGCAACAUCACGGCGGCAAGGAUCCGAGUGUAUCGGAGCUGUUCGACUUUGACCACGACAUAUUGACGGAUGACUUGGUGAACGACGACGGUAUUAGCAUACCGCGCGACGAGGAGCGCGCGGCGCCGCUAACGUUCUCGUUCAACAAUGAGCUCUGGUUCAAGGAAGACUCGAAGGAAGACAGCGCGCGUGAGACUCUGCAUUUGGUGGAGAAACUCCGUAUGGAACUAUCGAAGAAGUCGAAUUCUAGUCAGUUCGAGUUGGAAUCUGUUCCAGCGGAGGAAGAGCUGAAGAAGGAGGAGGCACUGCCUGCGGAGAAGUCUGCGUUGGAGCAGCAGUCGUCGCAACAGCCACAGCAGCAGCCAUUGCUCCAGGAGAAAGUGGAGGUAUUAGAGCAGCCGGUGGAAGAACAACCGGUCGUGCCUUCGGCCGUCGUGCCGCCUGUCACGGCCGAGAUCAAGAGCGAUACUAGGGAGCCCAUGGAAGUGUCGCCGGAAGAUGAUCUCGCCAGGUGCAACAAGAAUCACGCGAUGGAGGAGAAGAGAAAGCCUUGUUACUCGAGCAAUAAUAGCGAACACUACAUGUACGGGAACGAGGAGCGUGAGACGGCGAAAGUGACAGUGGUAGAGCGCGCGAAGCUAGAGAUGGACGCGGACGCAGACGAGAGGUGGGUGCCGCCGAGCUUACCGUGUCCACCGGAGAACUAUAAUCUCAGCACGCUGAUGGACAACCAGAACCACCGCUACGCCGCCCACCCGCAGUUCCCGAACGACAUUGCCGCAGUGAUGCCGGACACGGCGAAUCCCGACGCCCUGGUUCACCUGCAGCUUAACAUCAACAUGCAAGAUCAGUACCUGAUGCAGCAGACGCACUCGAUGGAACGGGUGCAACACUUGGAAGCGCACGCCGAUCAGUCGCGGGUGCAGUCGCUCGCGAUGAUGGAUCAGCAGGUGACCGGGAUACCGGGGCAGAUCGUGGACGAGAUUACGCCCAUGGAAAUGGUGAAUCGUCACCUGAUCGGUUUGCCGAACUCAGAGGACGACCAAGGCAGCGAGAUGGACCGUGUACUGGACAAGGAUGAGAUCUCGUCGGACAUGAGACAGGACUAUACGCAAAGUGGCUCUCCUUAUAACGAGCUCAAUGGCGCUCGUCCAGACACACGUUGGGCCGAGAGCCAGGUGUUGCCGUCUCGUCGUUCCACGUCCUCGUCCAUCACGUCGGCGUCCUCGGCGGAGGAUCACGCAGCUAUACCACCUUACAAGAGCGUACCUCCGAUCCCUUAUCCACCGUGCACGAUAGACGCGGCGCCUUAUCACUACUCGGAAACUAGUUCUUAUGGUGCCGGCGCGGUGUCCCUGUUUCCGCCGCAGUCUUGCACCGCACCGUUGCCGUACCCGUCACCAGGCACAGCCAUGUUCCCGCCACCUUUCGGCGCGGCCUUCCCCACGCCGCAGUCAUUGUUGCCACAUGUACCGAAGCCGCUGGAGGAGUCGCUCAAUAUGCAGGCAUCUCCGUGCACCGCGGCGUUUACCUCGUCGUCGCAUAACAUGGCACUUACCGCUGCCAUGGUAUCGCCGACGAAGGUUCCCACGCCGCCACCGCCGCAGCCUCCCCAGCAACCAUCGGUGCCACAGCAGCCUUCGGUGACGCAGCAGCAGCAGCAGCAGCAGCAGCAGCAGCAGGUGCAGCAGCAGCAAGCACCGCCACCACCGCCGCAGUUGCAACCGUCUGAGACACCGCAGGGUCAUACGCCAUUAUUGUCUCAGCAGGUCAAUUCUCCCGCUGUACCCGCAUCCUUCCUCAACGCCAUUCCGGAGACGCAGGUGAGCGAGACCGCUGUAGAUAACCUACCGGAAGUACUUACAGACAACAAGAGCGCACCGUCCGGUAAGAAGUCACCCGCUAAGCCAACUAGGACCUCGGCCAGGGUGACGUCGUUGCAAGGCAAGUCACCAGGCAAGUCGCCGCGGCAAGAGACCACCAAGACUGUACCGAGUGCUCGUGGCCGCGGCAGAGGUGCCAAAGGCAACCAACAGUCCAACUAUCGAGGCCGCGGUCGCGGCCGAGGUAGACGCGGCAGAGGCAGCCAGAGCUCCAUUGCGAUGGUACCCAUGGUGUCGAACGCGUUACACAACGACGACUCGAUCCAGAACAAGCUAGUCGGCACCGUGUACGACUUCGAUUCGGACGAGGACUCCGCGAACGAGACCAACAUCGCGGACUUGCGGAUGAUGCGCGAGCGCAAGAAGUCUACCGACGUGAACGAAAAGCGCGGUGAGCCGCUCGGCAUGGCGAACGACGCCAUCCAGUCUCACUUGUCCAGCCCUACGCUGCACAAGAAGUACACGGACGAUAAGAAACUGUCGUCGCCGGCGACGCACGACCAGACCGCACUUACCAAAUCUGACACAAAUGCCGGACCGACAUUCGCUGACACGGUAAUGCCUCUGUUGCCGGGCCCAGUGGAUAUGCGCACGUACAACUCAACAGUGGACCAACCGAGCUCGUCUGUACAUGGCCAGUCGUACGGCAACCAUCUGUUGGGCUCAUUUGCUGCGGGUGUAUCCACGGACCCAAAUCUACAGGACAUGGAGGACUUUGAAAGCGAGCUGCACUCUGUGCUGAAGAAGACUACCGGCAAGCAACAGCUUACUAUCGCGAGCGACGGCUUAGAAUGCACGUGCAUGAAGCCGGAAUUCGCGGAUCCGUCGGCGAUAGACCCGUCCGCUGCGUCUAGCUUCAACGACGCGAACAAAGUCUCUCUGACGGACUCGAGAAACCAGCUGAAGGUGAAGAUCAAAGGCCCAUUCCUCGACGCGAACUACGUCGCAGCGUCAUCGGUGCCUCCGUUGGCGCAGCAAGCGCCGGUGAUCAUCACCCCGGCCGCCAACACCGCGGCCGUGGCAUCUGGCACGUCGAAUCUACGGCGUAUGCGAAAGAAGGAGCUGCUGAGACAGUACUGUUCACAGGAUAUGAACAUGGACGACCCGACACGCGAGAACGUCACCUCCGCGCCCAUCAACAUGCAGCCAAUCAACCACGGCCAACGCACGGUCAUCACCAUCCCCAAGGCCGUGGCGUCCAUGACCAGUAUACCGACUCGGGAGGACUACAAGGCAGUCGUCGACGCGAAUAUGGAGAAGAAACGACGGAAAGAACGCGGCGGCGGCAGUGGUGGCGGUAGCGGCGGUGGCAGUAGUGGCAGCGGCGGCGGCGGUAACGUCGGCGGCGUCGUCGGCUGCGGUGGUGGCAGCACCAGUGGUUUCCUUGAGGUUGCUACCGCCACCGAGGAGGAGGGCAUCUCCGACAGGAGACGCGGUCUCAUAGUCGGCACGGUCGACCGCCGCAGAGGCCGUCAAGCCAGGCCAACCGCUACUACGGUGACGAACAGCGCGCAUCCGAAGCUGAAGAUCAAGAUCGGUAACAGUAUAAUCGGCGGGCAAGAGGUAGGUAACGCACAAGACGAUUGCAGCAGGAUCAGGCCGCCGAAGAAGCGGCUUAGCAGUAUCCCCAGCAGCGCGCCCAGCAUGGAGGAGUUGCGUCGCGAGAGCAUGAAGUUCCGCAAGAUGAUCAUGGCGGGCUUCGACAACGACGAAAAGACCAAGGCGAAGAGCAAGCGCGACAAGAACGGCAAGCGAAAGAGGCGGCAGUACAACAAGAAGGAGGCCAGAGUACAGAUCCUGGAGGGUGACGCGCCCAAACUGAUUAUUCGGUUGGGUAAGUCGGGCGCCAACUCGACCAGCACCUCUUCGGCGACAGUUGAGGCAGCGAGCGACUUGCCUACGGCGGUUUUGCUCGCGCCCGCCGGUGACGAGAACGAUAAUCAGCAAGGAUCAACGGACAAGGACAGUCGAGUGGGUCCGCCGCCACCGGAGCCUUCCAAGGAGGAGGUGGUCUACCCGAUGGAGGGCGGCGUCGACGAGAAGCAGCCGACGGAGCCAAACGCCGGCGCCACUGCUCUGAGGAACGUCCGUUCGGCGAAGGUCACGCCGAUCCGGUUAAAACUGACCCGCUGCCAGGAGGGCUAUGAACUGAAGGAUCCAGUGGCGAGUAACGCGAGUGUGGACGAUGGUAGUGGUGGUAGUAGUAAAAGUAGUAGUGCGACGUCGGCGACGGUGGUGAACUCGGUGACGCAGUUGUCGGUCGGCGCAGUGAGUCAGGAGGCAGCGGCAGUGGAACGCUUGCCGGCCGCCGACGCCGGCGUCGCCGUGGCAACCACCGCCGCCGCGGAGAUGAGACCGGAGGAGCAGCAGCAGCAACACGGAGUACCGGAGAAGCAAUCUUCCAAAGAGAACGAUAUCCCAUUGCUGCCUCAGUCCGCGAAUCACAGCUCGUCAGGCUGUCCGCCCGCACCGCUCCCGCAAGGAUGCCAAGUUAGGUGAUAAUUAAUGAUAAUUGUAUAAUACAGUAAUUAGUGGUUCUUUCUUAGACGAUUCGUUCGCGUGUAUAUUACGUAUACACAUGUCACGGCGCACGUGUCUCUAUGUUGGCGUCUCUCUCGUGUGCGCACUGUACGUACACGCCUCUACACACACAUACAAACACACACGCGCGCGCGCGCGCGCACACAGAUACAUGUACACCACACCCUCACGCGGCAUACAAAUUAACACGACGCAUAAGCAGACACACAUACAGGUGUAUAUUGUUCAAUGUUGAGACAGAGACUCACUAGAAAUGUUGUAAGUGUGUAACAUAAAUUAUUAAUUAUUGUAAAUGAUCUGAGGGUGAAGUGAAAUGUCACAAAGUGCCCAAAAUUUACCAUAAAUACUGAAAACACGUGCAUUUCAGGUGUGGUGAGGAAAUGUAGAGAACGACGGCCCCCUAAGGUGUCACCUUGUUAUUGCGUAAUGUUUCGCGAUCGAAUUCACCGGUGGAGCAGUCGCUCGUCUUUUUGCCUCUCUCGUAUAUAGCCAAUCAGCUCGCCAAUCAGCAAUUGUAAAGAGUCAAAAGCGCGCUCUAAACGCGUAAUUGUUUCUUCGUUAUUGCAUGCUCUAACGGAGCUAAGCGGUAACGUCGUGACGCCAAGUACAUGAUCUAGUGGAAUUGUGGAAUCAUUGAAUUCAUCUGAU